GAAUGCGAAGCCGCUCGCUCUAGAAGCCUCCAGCUGCUCGAGCAUCGCGUAGCCUUUCACACGCGCCGGGGACGCGACAGCCUACUUUACUGAAGGCAAGAAAGGAACAAGGGACGGCUGAUAUUAAAGCGUAUUACAUAAAGGAGGGUUUUGCCAGGUCUUCCAAUACAGAACGCAUUGCUUCUUCCCCCUUCAUAUCAGAUUUCCAGGAAUGGAAUCUAUUUCGGGCCAACUGUCAGCGGGAAGAGAUUCCACCUGUUCGCCUAACUCCAAGCAAGAGCUGCAGUCAUACCCCGGCACCACGCUCAAACCAAACCAAGUCAGUGAGACCUCUUUGUACGGAAUACCCAUCGUUUCUUUGGUAAUAGAUGGUCAAGAGCGACUUUGUCUGGCACAAAUAUCUAACACCCUUUUGAAGAACUAUAGCUAUAACGAAAUUCACAACCGACGGGUGGCCUUGGGCAUCACGUGCGUACAGUGCACCCCGGUCCAGUUGGAAAUUUUAAGACGCGCGGGGGCUAUGCCCAUCUCCUCGAGGCGCUGCGGAAUGAUUACGAAACGUGAAGCAGAGAGGCUCUGCAAAUCUUUCCUUGGAGAGCACAACCCUCCCAAAUUGCCCGAAAAUUUUGCUUUUGACGUGUCACAUGAAUGUGCGUGGGGUAGCCGAGGCAGUUUCAUACCAGCCAGAUACAACAGCUCAAGAGCUAAAUGUAUAAAGUGCUCGUUCUGCAACAUGUAUUUCUCACCAAAUAAGUUUAUUUUCCAUUCUCAUCGCACGCCGGAGUCCAAAUACACACAGCCCGACGCCGCAAACUUCAACUCGUGGAGACGGCACCUCAAACUGACGGAUAAAAACUCACCGGACGAGGUGACGCAUGCCUGGGAGGACGUGAAGGCCAUGUUUAACGGGGGUAGUCGUAAGAGGACACUGCCAAUCAGUGGGUCUGAGAGUACAUCCGCAUCAAAAGCACAAGGAGCUGUAAGCCGGCCCCACAGAGAUUCGUCCGAUGUCCCCCACAAAACUCUCCGCUGCGAAGAUGACAUGGCCAACGUCACCAUGCCGAGUAGCAUGCGUAGCUAUCCUGUGAUUCCAGUGCCUAGCAAGACCUUCGGGGUACUGCAGAAAAUCCCGCCACCCCUCUUCCCUCACCCAUAUGGCUUCCCGGCGUUUGGAUUGUGUCAAAAGAAGGAUGACGGUGUAGUCAUGGGAGAUCAGAACAAAACUAAUUUGUCAAGUAUGUUCUGGCCAGGCACUAAAGACAGUGCUUACCCUUCCUUUCCAAUGUUUUGGCCUACAACCGGUAGCUUACCCAUGCCGCCGUACCACCACACGCAACCCAAACCACCCUCUGACAUCCUAUGCGCCAGGCAAAACGAGUUAGACGUGUCUGAACAAAGUGACCGAAGUACGCACACCCCUAAGGACACUCUGCUGGAUAAUGAGCGCUGCUCCAGUACGCAGUCUACCCGGAACGACGAAGAUAAAUCUGGGGACGAAACCAGGUCAUUGGAAGGGAUGCCAGCCGCCCAGAGAAAAAUCAGCUACAUUUCAGCGUUCAGGCCAGUGGUUAAAGACGCAGAGAGUAUAGCGAAGCUAUAUGGUAACAGAGGUCCGUAUUCCGGAGCCCGAUCCGGCUACCUGUCGCCUGAUUUCUUGAGUGAAAGUUCAAGUUAUAGGUCGGUUUCUCCGGAUGUCGACAGCGUAGAGGAUCCGGAUGUGGAUGUGGAAUCACAUAAAGUACAAGAAGAUGAAGAAUGCCUUCAACUGUCAGUGGAUGACCACCAGAGCUCCCCGAGCUUAACUGUAGUACAUAUCGAUGGAACAAAGGAUCAAGAAGAGGGGAAUUGCCAAAUGGCCACUAUGGGUGAUCCACGUGCAGCUAACUCGAGCGAGGCACGCUCCUCUGACGCAGAGAAACAGAGCAAGCCAUUGUUCGAAAGCAGCAAAAGCACCACGCGCUUUGAAGCGUAUGCACAUGAAAGGGAUGAGCGUAUGCAUCAAAUAAGUGCCCCGUGUUUUGGAUCAACAGCCCCUUAUCAGCGCGACCCACGGGAGUCGAAUGUUAAAGAUGCACACGAGGAGGAACCGUCGUCAACCGUUGAGGAAAUGGAACCGAAAGCACAUGACCACGCCGGCGCCCCUGAAGAAGGCCCAAGGGGACGCAGUGAUGAUAUGGAAGCAAUGCGCAAAGAAACAGGCAGAGUAAAACUGAUAGAAAAAGAUAUAGAAAACAUGGCAAAGGAGGAACUACAGAAACAACUGGUGGAGCAAGUGGAAAUUAGAAAGAAGUUAGAACGUGAGUUCCAGAGUUUGAAAGACAAUUUUCAAGACCAGAUGAAAAGGGAACUGUCAUACAGAGAGGAAAUGGUCCAACAACUGCAGAUUGUUCGAGACACAUUGUGCAGCGAGUUGGACCAUGAAAGAAAGGCUCGUUAUGCUAUUCAGCAGAAGUUAAAAGAAGCUCACGACGCACUCCACCAUUUCUCGUGUAAAAUGCUGACCCCACGUCAUUGUUCUGGCACCUGCACCUUCAAGCCUCCUCUUCUGCCACCAUGAUGCCUUCAGGUCCCCAUUCACAGCAAGACUGUUCCCAGCAAGACUUGUCACAGCAAGACUUCUCACAACAAGACUGUUCCCAGCAAGACUUGUCACAG